AUGGUACACGAACCAGGAGGCGCCAUCUUUGUAGGCCAUGAUAAGCAUCGGAAAAUCACCUUCUCGGGUAUUCCUUUAGGCCUUGCAGCAGCUGUGCCUUAUCUCCUUCAAUCCAAUCAACAAACAGCGAAUUAUCGACAUCAGGCCAUCUUCUCUUGGGUUUUUUGGCCUUUCUCUCUCAAGCUAUGCUGGGCACCGAUCGUGGACGCUGUCUACUUCAAACGCUUGGGCCGGCGCAAGUCUUGGCUUCUUCCCAUCCAAUACGCCCUCGGUAUUGAUUUCUUUGUCCUCGGAAGUCGGGUCGAUCAAUGGCUGGGCAGGCCUGAGGGCGAUCCCUGGGGACCACUGGGUUCCAACGGAGAUGUUCAAAUAUGGCCCCUCACCAUUGCUUUCUUCGGACUAACUCUCCUAGCUGCUACGCAGGAUAUAGUUGUGGAUGGCUGGGCCUUGACAAUGCUCUCCUCGGAGAAUAUUGGCUGGGCGUCGACAUGCAACAGUGUUGGUCAAAACAUCGGGUACAUAGUCGGCUUCAUGUUCUUUUUGGCGAUUGAAUCUCCAGAUGUGUGCAACAACUACCUGCGCUCUGUUCCUGUGCCUGGACAAGGAUUCAUCAGCUUUUCAGGCUUUCUCUAUGCUUGCGGUGUUCUGUUCAUCAUUUCAACUACCCUUGUUGCUAUCUUUAAGCGUGAAAAUGAUAACUCCGUACCUAAAUCCAAGACAAAAGCUCUAAACGAAGCUGACAGUGACGAGGAAGAGUCGUCCAAAGAUUCACACAGUCCUCUUCUCAUAACUGAAAAUGGGGAGUUGGAAAUCCUUCCACAUGGAACGGUUCCUACUUUAGCUCAGAUGGAAGCUGAUGCCACACCCAAGUGCCUCUCCCUAAUGGGCACGUAUCGUGUGAUGUUGGGCAUUAUGCAACUCAGAUCCGUCCUACGAUAUAUCGCCUUCAUUUUCAUUGUUAAGUUUGUUUUCUCAGCCUCGGAUUCAGUCUUUGGUCUGAAGAUUCUGGAGCACGGUGUUUCAAAGGAGCGAAUGGCCCUGAUUGGAUCAGCUGUUCUCCCUAUUCAAGCCGUCCUUCCAGUUCUCAUCACCCACUGGAGUAACGGACCACGACCGCUAUGUGUCUACCUCAAUGCAGCAAUUCCAAGGGCUGUCGUCGCCAUCACCUCUGUGCUAGUCGUCCACUACGUUGACUUUUUCAGAAUUGAAACUCCAGUGGCUCCAGAUUUGCUGAAUAAUUCAACAGGCACUGGGGCCUCUACCACGGUCUCUUUCUCAACUACCUUCUACAUCCUUCUAAUUGGUCAAUUGGUUGCCUACACCAUAUUCUCAACCGUUAUGUUUGUUUGCCAGAUGUCUUUCCAUGCCAAAAUCUCUGAUCCGUCUAUUGGUGGCACCUAUAUGACACUUCUCAACACUAUGGCAAAUAUGGCUGCUGCGCUGCCGUCGACCACGAUGUUGUUCUUCGUGGAACCCCUGACUUGGCGUUCCUGUGAAAAUGCAACUGUUGAGAAGGCGAGUGCAGUUCUCAACACCACCACCACAGAUCCGGGCAAACUGACCCAACUUGCUGGCCAAUUUCUGCUCAAAAAUGCAACCUGCAUGAAUGUUGAUGGUGUAAAUGCCUGCAAACUGGCUGGAGGUUCCUGUCGUACGAUUGUGGAUGGCUUCUACAUCGAAAUUGGAUUAUGUCUUCUUGUUGGUCUUGUAUCCUACUUCACGAUCCUUCGUGGAAUGGCUAAGUCAUUGGACUGUCUUCCACUCAAGGCCUAUCGACUUCAACGGAAGACCUCUGAGUCUCUGUCAUCAUCAGCAGAAUGA